AUUUGACUUGACUUCCGGUGUGCUUUCUGGGCUCUCAGAGGUGUUUCUAGGUUAGUAUGGUCAUGUUUUGUAAUGUAAUAUUUAAUAUGUACACGUGGGUGUGACCUGAACCAGAUGAAAUGUCGCCAUGUUUCUGCAUCUUUCGAUCUUCGGCCUGUUAAAAGAAAUCCUGACGGAGCGGAGCUAAUGUUGCUAAUGCUAGCUGCCCAGGAUGUCUAAGCUGGAACGUCUGAAUGCCCGUGUGGCCAAACUGCUGACUGAAGCUGUGCAGGAGGUUCUGGAGCUGGUGAAAGAGACGGUGUGCGAGUACCAACAAAGAACCUUCAGAACACAGAGAGAAAACGAAAGUCUGAAAAGACAACUGCAGGAGCUGCAGGUCAGACUAACCAAAGAAAACACAGCUGUUCUCUCUUCAACUAAGCCGUUUCUUGAGAAAACGGAUCAUGUGGACGAGCGAAACCAGGAUUUGAGCUUCUUUCAGAAUCAUCAACCAGAUGUAACUUCCACAGAGCCAACGCUGAUCAACGCCACUGAACUCUGCGUGAAGCAGGAGCAACGCGUCGAUCACGAAUCAGGAGCUGAGCGCUGCAGAGCAACAAGUGAGGAAGUCCAGGCGUCGCGUUGUGCAACCGGGGAUUCGGACGCUGCGUCGUCCAAAGUGUACGACUCUUAUACUGGCGGGAUCCAGCUUCCUGCCAUCAAAACAGAAACGGAGCAGCAGCAGCCGGCUGGAUGUGUUGACUUGAGCUGCACCUCUACAAAAGACCCCGGUCCGCAAGCCGGCGCAGAACAAAACGGACUCGUCUUCGUCGAUUCACAUCUCGCCCCCGAUGGGAGGCAGGGUGUCGUCAACGGCAACAGGGCUGCCACGGUCAACGGUAGAAAAAUCCGUUUGGAUCAUGUCGGCAGAAGCGGCCUCCACCUCUGUGUAGUGUGCGGGAAAACGUUCAGCAGGGUGGCCAACCUGAGGAUCCACCAGCGGUGUCACACAGGGGAGAAACCGUACGGCUGCGUACAGUGUGGGAGGCGCUUCAGCCAGGCGGGGGACCUGAAGAAACACAAGAGGGUCCACACGGGGGAGAAACCUUACUACUGCAGCCAGUGUGGGAAGAGCUUCAGCAGAGGAGAGAACUUGAAGAGACACCAACGGAUUCACAUUGGAGAAACUCUGCAGCUGCAGCGAGCGUGGACAGAGCUGCAGUAGACGUUCUCUGCACACUUUCUGCAUCUCAUCUUAUAGGUUUUAACAUAUUUGAUCAAGAUUUGUUUGGCCACGUUCCCACAGCAGGCCAAUACGACCAAAAUUUUAUUUCUUUUUAUCAUAUAUCCAUAUCCGACCUAAAUCCAGCUUUUUCACUGCAGUCAGAACGGCCAAUUCAGAUCUUUUCACCCAAAAAAUAUUCUAUCUGUGCUAUUUCUAUAUGUGGAACUAAUUUGGACAUCCGCUUGUUAAAAAUUAUGGCAGCGACAAAUGUAAACAUGACAUAUAUUCAUAAUUCAGUCAUAGCUCUAGCACUCAUCGUCGAUUGGCCAAUCAGAGGAGACGUCGGCAUCUUUUUCAGGUGUUGGCGUGAUAAGAAGCGUAUAUGGCUACGUCUGCGGCUUUUUGGGGAAAUGGUGGUUGGCGAUUUCAUAGAAGAGCUAUGGAUUCAACACAUUAGAAUGACGAAACUUUUUCAUGAACUGUGUCUGGGGGGAAAAAACCCAAUCAAUCCUACAAAAGUUUGAUUACAGUCGGGUUUAAACAGUAGUUUGAAGGACAACACACAAAAAAGUAAAAAUCGGAUUUCAA